GGAAGGAGCAAUGGCCUUUCUUGCAGCCUUUUCCUUUGUUCCUUAAUAUAUAUAUAUGCAUAUAUACAACAUAUACAUACACGCCUGCUUUUCCAUCCUUUCUUUCCCGUCACAGCGAAGACUUCCACAACAGUUCAUAGGAUCGCAAAAAUAUAUAUAUAAAACCUGAAUUCUCUCACAGCACCCUUUCGAUGAUUCCUUCUUCUGGGAUUUAUAAUAUAUUUCUUUAAAAAUUUCGUGAUUUUGGGUGCUGUUUAUAUGCAGCUUCCCUUUUGGAAAAGGUCUUGAUUGAUUGUUCACUCUUAUCAUCCUCUUCUACCCCCGUUCACCCUCACACCCCAUCUUAUUCAAAUUGCUUGUUCAAGCUGACGAAGGAGAACAAGAAUUGCAAGCUUCUUCUGAUUGGUCGGGCUUCUUUCGAGGUUUGGGACGUGGGUUUGAUGCAGAAAUUUCGAUUGGAGCUGGAAUUUUUGUGAAAGUCGGUGACUUUUUUGCUCCACGAGUUGGAGUUCGAGGUGGAGAACUUCCAUGGAUAAGUUAUGCUGUUUCAACGGUUCCAAUCCUCAGCCUGUUGGAGGGAAAUCAUCUUCUGCCUCGGGUAAGGGAAGAAGCCACGAGGGAAGCAUCAAGUAUGGGUUCAGCCUAGUUAAAGGCAAAGCUAAUCAUCCCAUGGAGGAUUAUCAUGUAGCGAAGUUUGUGCAGAAACAAGGUCGCGAACUCGGCCUCUUUGCCAUUUAUGAUGGCCAUUUGGGUGAUAGCGUGCCUGCUUACCUACAGAAGCAUCUCUUUUCCAAUAUUCUAAAGGAGGAAGAGUUCUGGGUCAACCCUGUUGGGUCCAUCUCUAAAGCAUAUCAGAUGACAGACAAGUCGAUCCUCUCUCAUAGCUCUGACCUGGGCCAUGGGGGAUCCACUGCUGUGACUGCGAUUAUUGUAAACGGCCGAAGCCUCUGGGUUGCUAAUGUUGGAGAUUCGAGAGCAGUUCUUUCAAAAGGGGGUCAAGCUAUACAGAUGAGCAUAGACCAUGAGCCAAGUACAGAGCGAGGCAGCAUCGAAGAUAGAGGCGGCUUCGUAUCAAAUAUGCCAGGAGAUGUCCCAAGAGUUAAUGGGCAGCUUGCAGUUUCUCGUGCUUUCGGAGAUAAGGGUCUGAAAACGCAUCUCCGCUCUGAUCCAGACAUUCAAACUGCUGAUAUUGACGGCACCACUGAUCUCUUAAUCAUUGCAAGUGAUGGUCUCUGGAAGGUGAUGGAGAAUCAAGAGGCAGUCGAGAUUGCAAGAAAGAUCAAAGACCCGCAUAUGGCAGCGAAGCAGUUAACAGCCGAGGCACUUCAGAGAGACAGUAAAGAUGAUAUAUCCUGCAUUGUUGUUAGAUUCAGAGGAUAAAAAAAGGGUGACAUACACUUGAGCAUAAAACGUAUAUAUUUCGUAAUAAGAAUGAUGGAUUGAACUGAGGAGAGGUAUGUUCGUGGUCGUGGAAGGAUUACGGGACUGCUGAAGGAAGAAGAAGUAGGAUUUGAAUGAGUGGAGUAGUUUCUGGUGUAAAUGUUUUUGCUGAAGCUUUGUUCGUUGUGCCUGCUCUCUUGGUUUAUUUUGUUCCGAUAUUUAUAUGAUAUAUUUCUUUUAAAUUCUGAAUAAUAAUUUGCAUCGCCUCAGUUUGUAAAUGACCAACUCCUAUGUUUUUUGUUUCACUGUGGUUGGAGGAAGUACUGUCGGAGUGAUUCGGGAUU